AUGCAUUACACCACAGUCAUUACCCUCUCCCUCGUACUGGGAGCAGCUGCUGGGCCCUUCCGCAUGCAGCCCCGAGCCAACGACACCAGCGUCAACAACAACACUACGUCGACGACCCCGCCCACCAAAGUUCCGUAUGGCACUGUCAUUAGCAGCUGUACCGUCGAGAAUACCUUUGCCCUCACCUUCGAUGAUGGCCCGUUCAAGUACACUGAUCACGUUCUCGACCUACUUGCCGAGGCUCAAGUCAAAGCUACCUUCUUCGUAACGGGCAGUCUCCUGGGCGAUAUCAGGAACGAUGAAAACCGAGCUAGGAUUAAGCGCAUGCUCGACGAGGGCCACCAAGUCGGCCAUCACACUUGGAGUCACGCCGACCUUGCCACGACUGACGACAAGGGCGUGGUUGAGCAGAUGACCAAACUCGAGGAUGCCUUCUUUGACAUUAUGGGGAAUUGUCCGACGUAUAUGCGCCCGCCUUACUUCAGCUGGAGCGCUGCGACCCUGUCCAUCAUGAAGGAUCUCAAGUACCAUGUCAUCCGUGCUGACAUCGACACCAACGACUGGAAAUACAACUCAUUGGGGAACCUUACAGGCCUGGAUCUCUUUGAGAACGGCGUGGAAAAUGGCGGUACUCUUACUUUGUGUCAUGAUGUUCAACAAAACACCGCUGAGUUUCUGCUUCCUGAGAUUCUUCGAGUUAUGAAAGAGAAGAACUUGAAGGGGGUUCCUGUUGGCGAAUGCCUCGGCGAUCCCGAGGCCAACUGGUACAGGACUGAUCGCAUCCUUCCGGCUACGGCGCUAUGA